AUAGAAUAGACUCCCGGAAAUAGUGACGUCACCGUCCGCGUUCGAAAGCUGCAGAAACUUCUCCCCCUCUGACGUAUGCAAGCGUUGAACACCCGUUCGACAACUAAAGCAUGACGUAGCAACAUGUUAGACCAAUCAACAAUUUUUAGGAGGUCGCUUACGCUACCGCGAGUAGGGAAUAUUUUUUCUCUUUCUUUUUUUAACCUAGCAGUCCGAAGCGAGAGCUGUACGAGGAGUCCGAAGCGGUAGAUCCACCCAUAAUUUCAGAGGUAGCCAAAAUUUAUUCUAAUCAUCAACUCAAGAAAGAAAGAUGCAUUUGGAAAAUUUCAAUUGUUUCCCCAGGUCUUUCAAAGGACAAAACCUGAACGAAUUUGAAACAGAUUCCGAUUGUGCUACUUAUGGGGCAAAGUUUGGAAGCAGUAUUUCAGAGAAAGCCAUUGGCAAGGCUUUUAUUCGGAAAGUGUUUUCUGUAUUGAUGGUUCAGUUGGCAAUCACUGUUGGAGUUAUUUGCCUCUUUCUUCACAGUGAUUCUGUGCGAAAUUAUACAGCUAAACAUGCUGAGAUGAUUAGUGUUGCUCUUUUCAUGACGUUUAUGUGGAUGAUUGCUAUGACUUACUGUAAAUAUGUUGGAAGAACCUUUCCAUUAAAUUUCAUUUGCCUCUUUUUAUAUACAUUCGCUGAAUCUUUUCGCAUAGGAGUUCAUGCUGGUGCUUAUGAAGCUGAGGAAGUCAUGUGGGCUGCUGGAAUUUGUGCAUUUAUAUUUUCAGGUUUAACUGCUUCUGCACUUCAAACCAAGUAUGAUUUUACCUUGAGGGGAGGAUUUCUGUUUGUGGCUCUGCUGUACUUUGUUAUCUUUGGAAUUUUUGCUAUUUUCCUUCAUGAUAAAAUUAUACAGCUGGCUUAUGCUUGUGUCUUUCCUCUCCUAUUUUCUAUGUACUUGGGUUUUGAUACUCAACUUCUGAUUGGAGGUCAUCACAAAUAUUUGAUAUCACCUGAAGAAUACAUUUUUGAGAAAUAUUGGCUCUCACCUGCUACAUACAUUUUUAUUGCUUUGAAAUUGUACCUGGACAUUAAUUAUUAACCUCUUCAUCUAAAUAAUUUUGUGUAUUCCUACAUCAAAAUCUUGUGAUAUUGUAAUUGAUUUUUUUAAAACUAAAUUGUUAAAAUUUAAAAACAGUUUUUAUAAAUAAAAUUGUUUUUUAAUGGU